UCAUCUUGUUGCAGCAAAAGCUUUUCUCACAUCAUCUUUUGGAUUGCACAGAGCACAUGAAGCCAACUUGAGAAGAUUUGACAAACUUGAACUGACUCAAAGAGCAAUGGCUGACAACUUCACCGCUCUGCUGAUUCUUCUGUGCAGUCUGACUGUGGCCCUAGCAGACAGCAACAUUUCUUGCUACAGAAUUGAGCCAGGGACAAUAGCAGGCAUCAUCGCUGCAGAUUUGCUGCUGACUCUUAUCAUUGUGGUCGUCACCUACCGAUGUGCCAGUUUUCGUCGUCAGAAAAUAGAUAACGCUGACAAGGUUUAUAUGAAUGUUCGGGCCAACGUGAAGAACAUAAAAUAAAAAUGUUUUAUAAAUUAUUAUUCUAAAGACGUGGCUCUCUUUUCAAUUUUUUCAGGUAUUUUUGCAGCAUCCUCCAUAAUUAUUGAUAUUCCUGGUAAAUAUGUGCAGAAAAGCCUUGAAACAAGAUCAUAAUUUGCUAUCGACUUAAUCUUGCAGCUGUUUUCUAACAGCGAGCUAAAAAAUACUUUUUUUAAUCAACCUCCCUCAUUUUCUCUUCCUCUUGGUGUGCGUUGGCAAAGACACCUCAUCAAGACUCGUUUGUUAGAGCUUAGUUGUUAAAUUUUUUUUAGAAUUCCUAUAUAAGUAAGUUCUGGUGGGCUGCUAUUUUCUUGAAUCCAUUUCUUAACUAAUUGCUCUGGCUUAUUUGAAUAGUGUUGAGUAAAUAAGAGAAAUUGCUGUCAGUGUCACAUCAUUUCAGGUCCACUGCUGUUUAAAGAUAAAAUAAUAGUAUUCAUUUUAAACAAACAACAACAACAAAAACUUAUUUUAAAGAUUUAAACUUCCCACAAAUUCUUGUUGGGGCUCAGUCACAUUUUAAAAAUUGGUACAUUUAUUUUCUCUUUUUUUCUACAUUUUCCUAAGUUCUGAAACGAAAGCUUUGGAAAUAAGGAACUAACUAUGAACUGAAAAAAUGUGGUUGAAUGUUAUCCAUGCACAUUAAAUAUUGGCUAGAACUACUUAACAGCGCCCUCUGCAGAUUGCUUUUGGUAUAGAUUAGAUUAGACAAAGGCUGGAAAUGAUUUGUGGGAUUUUUAUAAACAAGAUUUUCUUUUAACCUUCUCUUGAUUAUGCACUGUCGAAUUAUUACUUUAUUAAUAUAUAUACAUUAUCAACUGUACUGUUUUAACUUUCUUUUAAAUAAAUUUUUGAAGCCUU